CGGCAUGUUCUGCGAGCCCUGGAUGAACAACUGCGUGCAGCAGGUCAACCUGCCAAACAAGGGAUGCCAGAAGGUCAUGGAAAGGGUGAACCGGACGCUGGCCUCCCGUGUGAGGGGUCAGCUCAGCUCGGAGGCCAAGCAGCAGGCGCUCUUCAGCCUGUUGGGCAAGGAGUUUGUGCGACAGCACUUCCCGCACCACAAGUACAGCCCGCAACUGCUGGAGCCGCCCAAGAUGCCGCCGGCAAGCAAGGAGAAGCACUUGCGCGACAUGCGUGAGUACCUGACAACGGAGCUGCACGGCGCCAUGCGGGAGUGCGGAUAUCCGGAUGACCUGGGCGACUACAAGGCCGAAGACGAGCUGGGCAGCUUCGUCAGAGAGGUCAAAGCCAUCUUCAGCGCCGGCUUGCAGACGGAGAUCGGCCGCGUCAUGGAUGACGAGAAACUGCAGUCGGCCAAGAUCCGCAAGGAGAAGGACGAGUUCCGCGACCGUGAGGAUGACGCCGAUUCGUCCGACACUGAUGAGGAUGAGGAGCUAGGCAAGCGGAAGAAGAAGCACACCAAGCUGCGACCCAGUGAUGUGGCCGGGCGCGCCCUGCUGACGGUCCUUGCUCGUGACCCCGGCCAGGCAGUGGCCCUCCCCAGCAGGCUACAGGGCCAGUAUCCGCUGCUGUCGCGGCCCGUACGUCGCCACGUCUGGCUGACACACCUGCUCCAGGAGGAGAACAAGCGGCACGUCAGCGUGGCCGACGCCGAGCCCAAGCUGCUGGACGGCUUCAAGAAGACCCUGACCAAGAGGACCAAGGAACAGAAGGGACAGAGGGCGAACCGCAGCCCGCAGUGGAAGCUCAUCGAUAACGUGCUUAUCGAAGCUUAUGACCGCUCGCUGCCGCUUCGGCCUCUCGACUGCGACGAUCACUUGAUCCUGGCGGCUCAGGCUCUGAACGUCCUCAACACCUUCAACAAGAACUUCACCCACACGCAGCCGUACUGGCUGUGUCCGCUGCAGCUGACGAUGGAGCCGGAGGCGGACUCUGAGGAGUACGUCAUCAAGCUGGCUGUUUACCUGGACCUGCUGCUGCGCCACUGCAAGCCGCCGACAGAGCAGCUUUUCAAAAUCGCCGACCGCGUCAUGGACAAUGUGAAAGCGAAGGAUCCGGAGUAUCACAAACACCUGCAGGAGAUCUGCAAAAACCGGCCAAAGGUCGUCAUUCAGGACUUCAUUCCGGAGCUGUUGAACAAGGAUCACAAGGCUGGAGUGAAACAGUAUAACGAGAUGCUGGAGCUGUUGAAGAAAGGCAAAGAACUGAGCAGUAAGCAGGCGGAGCAAUUUGCGGAUCCCAAGAUCUUCCUGCGCAAGUGGCUGGUCCAGCUCAUGUGGGACCAGCUGUUCCUGCGCGACUGGAACCGGGAGCUGCUCUACCACAAUAGCUUGUUCCUGGAGGAGCCGGGGAAGCUGUACACGAUGGACCUGCGCAAGGCGUUCAUCCACCUGGUGGGCGGCGGCAAGUACGGCGACCUGCCAGAGAACAAGAACUACAUCCGGCCGCCGACGCCGGAGCACGAGUCGGAGACUGCUCCCGUGGGAUAG